AUGGCCGCGGAGAGUAGCGAAGGUUUGGCAAUAUCUCCGUCCGAGAAAUCGUUAACCGGUAGCUUAGUGUCGGAAGAAAAUGAGAAAAGUGUAUCGCGAUCACUGUCGACUUACUCGAUACGGGAGGACAAGUGGCCGGAUCUAGUGGUCUCGAGGCCUAGAAAACUGGACGCUUGGUGGUUACCGAGACGGAUCCAUUGUCACCAACGGCCUUCUAUGCGGCAAGAGUCCCAAAACGGUCUGAAGAACAGGCCACUGGGAGACCACGGUGUGCAGCACAGUGGGGUCAUGCUUGAAGACGACAUGGCUGGCGCCCAAGAUACGAUAUACCUGUGCAACUUCCGUGUGUCAGUCGACGGCGAGUGGCUGUGCCUGAAAGAGCUUCAGGAUGUCGAGUUCUCGUUGCAGGACUCGAUGCAUCGGUCGCCCUCGCCACCGCUAGCUUUUAGUGGUAUUGAUCAUCAUCAUCAUCAUCAUAACGAUCAUCAUCGCCAGCAACAGCUUCCCGUUCAGCAAGAGCUUCGCGAUAUAAUGCCACCAAGCCCACCGCCAUUGCAGCACGUUUCCAGCUUGUCACGUGAUCCAAUGAUCAUCGAGAGGAGUAAUCUCGUGAAUAUUUCGAAAUUAAUCGUGAAGGAACUGAUCGAAACGUCCUUGAAAUAUGGUCGAAUGCUCGACUCUGAUCACAUGCCACUGCAACACUUUUUCAUCGUUCUCGAACACGUACUUAGGCAUGGUUUACGACCAAAGAAGGGUCUCCUUGGACCCAAGAAGGAGCUUUGGGAUAUACUUCAAGUCAUUGAGAAAUAUUGCCCCGAAGCACAGGACAUUACGUCCAGUAUUCGUGAUCUACCCACUGUUAGGACUGCGAUGGGUAGAGCACGAGCAUGGUUACGCAUGGCAUUGAUGCAAAAAAAGCUUGCGGAUUACUUGAAAGUUCUGAUCGAUCACAAAGAAGACAUACUGUCGGAGUAUUUCGAGCCUGACGCUCUGAUGAUGAGCGAAGAGGCAAUCGUUAUAAUGGGCUUGUUGGUGGGCUUAAACGUAAUCGACUGCAACUUUUGCGUAAAGGAGGAAGAUCUCGAUUGCCAGCAGUGCGUAAUCGAUUUCUCGUUAUAUCUGCGGAACAGCAAUCAUAUACCUGGCGAAUCUCCAGACGACGAGCUCGAAAACGACAACAUGACCACUGUUCUCGAUCAGAAAAAUUAUAUCGAGGAACUGAAUCGUCAUUUAAACGCGACCGUAACGAAUCUUCAAGCCAAAGUGGAAUCCUUGACAACGACGAACGCUCUUAUGAAGGAGGACCUUUCUAUCGCUAAAAAUAAUAUACUGUCGCUUCACGAGGAGAACAGACAAUUGAAGAAAGAGUUGGGAAUUGAGAUCAAAGACACGAACGAGAACGGGAAAGCGCCAAUCAAAAUCACUGAAACGACGACGGAGAUUGAGGAGUUGAGAAGUAGAUUAGAGACUGAAAAGAAGCUACGGCAGGAAUUAGAAAAGGAGUUAGAAUUACAGAUUAGUAUGGAGUCGGAAAUGGAAGUGGCUAUGAAGUUGCUGGAGAAAGAUAUUCAUGAGAAACAAGACGUGAUCAUAUCUUUGCAACGACAGCUCGACGAAAUCAAGUCAAUUAACUUGGAAAUGUAUAAAAAGCUACAGGAAUGUGAGCACGAACUAACGCAGAGAGGCGAAAUGGUCAGCCGACUUCACGCGAAGACAAAUCAGAUCAGCAAGAUCCUGAAUAAUCUCGAGAAGUGGAACCAUAAGAACAAGGAGGGGGAAAAUAUUUGUAGCCCUACCACACCGAGCAGUGUCUCGAAACCGAUUACUAAUAAGACCAGUCCCACCUCACCGUACCGUUAUUCGUCUGCUGACAAUGUCUUCGCGGUUGAUUAUCAGCAGCAGCCUCCUAAUAAUCAGCAACAGUCAGCUAACCAUCACCAAAAACCGACUAAUAACAAGCAAAUGUCAUCCACUAACAAUCACCAGCAAUCCAAUAAUGCUCAACAACAAUCUCUCGUUAAGCUAUCAGAUUCUGCCAAUGACGUUGGACAGACGAGGGUUGAUGAACAACAAAAUGGCGCUAACGACAAGGGAUCGACAAAGCCUGAUAACGUAAAGCAGAGUAAACCCAGUGGUGAGGUUUCAGUGGAGUCUUCGACGAAGGAGCAGGAGUGCGAAGGCUCGCUUAAGCAUAAAACAGAACUGAUCACUAAAUUGGAGGCUAAGACGCUAUCGAUGACUGAGACCAUCCAAAAAAUGGAUGAGAAGUGCAAGGAAAUGAGCAACGUGAUAUCAGGGGCAGUGGAGAAGGCGAAGACUUUGGAGGCUGAGGCUGCCGAGAAGGAGGCGAAGGCGAACAGCGUCGAGAGGGAAUUGCAAUUCGAACGCGAAUGGAGAACAUCCUUGCAGAAAUCAUCGAUCUCCAACGCCCAGAGGAUCUCUCAAUUACAUCAGGAGAUCAAUCAGUUGAAGCGGGUGUCCGAGAAAUACCUGGCACUGCAGGAGAAGUAUUACGCUCUGAAGGAGAUCUGCAUCGAGCAGGAACGAACUCUGGAGGAACUUGGGGGACAAUUGAGCGCGGCAAAAUUGGCGGCCGUCGAAUUACGGGAGGCCGCUGACAACGCUCAACACCAUCAGCAGCAGCAGCAGCAGCAGCAAGAGGGUGCAGCGACCUGGGCGAACGAUCGCCUGGUCACCCAAUGCAAGAGCUGCAACCGAGAGUUCAACAUCACUCGUCGCAAGCAUCACUGUCGGAACUGUGGCAAAAUCUUUUGCAGUGCCUGCAGCGAUAAUACCACUGCCCUACCAAACUCAACGAAGCCUGUUCGUGUUUGCGACGAGUGUUACGUGUUCCUGAUUGGCCGAUACUCGUGUGCACGCUAACGAUAACACGAUGUCACUGCUCGUCCAACAGGCGACACGGACCUGUUCGUUCGGGCAACGAAGUCGAGAACGAAUAGGAAAAGAAUGGAAGAAUGGAUCUAUCCCGCACAUAUACUCACAUCUACACACACGGUGUCCUCGAAGGCCGCUUCCUCAGACAUCGAGACCUUACACGAAGCCAUUCAUUUUCAAUUCGACGCACGCGGUUGUCUCUAGAAAGCUGUCGACGCGAUGCCGCCUCGCUUUGCGUCCAAUUCCUUUCACCGUAAUAUCAUCGCGUGACGUUUAGUUACAGAUCUGCCCGCCGCGUGGCGCUCAACGCCGACCGCCAUGUUGUACGCGUUCGAGAGCGUUCCAAUAUGGAACGAAGUCACAGAGUCUGCCUUUGAACCAUGACGGGUGCGAAAAGUAUUUGUAUAUAAUUUUUCCUUUCUAUAAGGUGUUUUAAAGUACAUAUAUUAUUAAGAGGACGAAAUUAAUUUUAUUUCGAAUUAGGUUAAGUACGAAACGUGGUUCGCGUCGGAGAAAUAUGGGAGGAGAGAGAAAUAUGGGAUUGAUCGGUGCAGCUGUGUGCAAAUACUUCUCGCGCCCAGUUUACCGAAAGUAAACUACGUUUGAAAGCACAAUUGAUAAAACUGGAUACCUUGGAUCGUGGAAUUUGCUCCUUAUCACGUGAACAAUCAAAUCACACGAACACACGUGUAAGAUACGUUGCUGAGUUUCUCUGUUUCUCGAAGUUUAGACGUUUGUUAGUUCCUUUACGCAGAGGAUUUUUAAUGAGAGAGACGCUUGUCGAAUGUUAACAAUGAGUAUUUUAUAUUCAGAUUAUUAUAUCGCGAGU